GGUAUUCACUGCACCAAGAACAAAACAUAACUAAACGUAAAAUAAGCUAUGUAAAGCAUAAAACGGAGAGCAAAACGUUAAAGAAACGGAGUGGACAAUGGAUGAUGAGGACAAACACUUCUGUAUUGUUUGUAACCAGACCAUUACUGGUUUACUUAAUUAUGUGAUUCACAGAAAAAAUUCCUGCACAGACAAGAAAAAAUCAACAGACUCGGGAAGCUUAGCAGAGAUAAAUGUUGAAGGGAAUACGAUUGAUAUCAGGAUAAGUGAAAACAUCUUUAAAAACAAAGACAUUGAUUUAGUGGCACAAGCUCAGCGGAUUGAAAACAGGAAAACCAGUCCAGUAAAGUAUGACAAAACCAGUCCAAUUCAGUCUGACAAAACCAGUCCACUACAGUAUAACAAAUUCAAUCGGUCCAAAGGGAAAAGUGAGGCGACCAGUCUGCUGAAGGAAAAUGUGGGCAGAAAUAGAACUGAUGGAGAAACCAGUAUGUCAGGCUAUGUGUACCAGCAUAGUGGUGAGAACAGUUCAGACAAUGAUGUUAAGACACAUUUUGAGGAUGAUGCAAGUGAAUAUUUAAGUGAAAGUGAAGAGUUAGCUCGUUUAGACGCUUAUAACAAAUUUGCUGGAGAUAGGAAUCAAGGUCAGUCAUCCGAACAGUUUGAUUUGGAAGGUAUACCUGACAACAUAAGGAAAGCCUUACUGGGUACAGCAGAGAAUGUAGAAGAUGCCAAUGAUUCAGACCAUAUAGAUACACAGUCUAUCGCUGAAGCGAAUAUAAAUGAAACCGAAACAUAUAAAGAACUCGACAGGCCAGAUCAAUCAGUUGUUAAAUCAGAAUAUGGUAUAUUGAGUAUUAGCCCAAGUGGUGCUUCAAAGAACAUAUUCCAAGAUACCAAAUAUACCAGUGCUGAUAUAAAAUCAGUGAACCGAAAACAAGAUGGCUGUCAGAUAAAGCGCAAAAGGAAAGUAAAGGGUAAAAUAAGAAAUGGUGGGAAAUCAGCAAAAAAUGCAAGUAGCAUGUCAUUGAAGUCAGAGGUGAUAUCUUGUAAAAUCUGUGAGCUACAGUUCGAGGAUUAUAUUGAGUAUGCUAGGCAUAUUAAAACGAGGCAGCACAAGAAUAAAUCUCGGGAAAACAAGGCAGAUACUGAGGCAGAGGGCAGUGACGAGGUCAAAGUGUUAGUGCAUUCAGGUGAAGAAGUAGAACCAUAUCUUGGUCACAAUGAAGUGGAUGAAGAACAGAACAAUGAAGAAUUUAGAGAUGAUGCUAGGGAUGAGGAUGGCAAUGAAUCAGGUGAUUUUGAAUCUGAUCAUGAACCAGCUGAUAACAUAGAUGGUAUUAAAACAGAGGAUGGUGACUCUGAUGAUGAAACUAAACAAAGUAAAGAUAGUUAUGUAAUAAAUAGGGCCCAUCAUUGUACAAUAUGUGAUCAACUGUUUCCUAACAGGUAUAUAUUAGCAAAUCAUUUACUUUCAACAUAUCAUAAAAACCAAGCAAUAGGAAAAGAUGAGGAGUAUUUAAGCCUUUUUGAGAAGUACCACAGAUCAGUUAUGCACCAAAGUCCAUUUCGCUGUGAUAUCUGCUCCUACUUUUUCAACAGCAGUAAAUACCUUGAAGAUCAUCUUAAAAGUGAAGCUCACAGGGAGAGACAAGAAACUGUAGUCGGGGAUAUUGUAUGUUCCCUUUGUAUGUUUAAAGCUCAUUCACACAUGAAAUUAAUGGAUCACCUUCAGAGCCGUUCCCAUGUUGAGAAAGUAAACCAGAAAGACAAAAUAUGUGCUAUAAAAGUUUAUAAAUCAAGAUCAAAGGGAUUAAGAAAAUACCAGUAUGCACAUUGCAAUAUUUGCCCGUCUGAGUUUUUGAAAAAAACUUCAACAAAGUUACAUUUUCAAACAGCUGAACAUAUCCGUCAAAAAUUAGCUAUAGAAGCACAAAAUAAAAAGUUGAUGGAUGAGUUAGAAAAUUGCCAUGAUAUAAGUUUGAAAACAGAGUUGGGGGUUGUUGAAAAUCAAGUUAAGGAAGAGCAAACUUCAACUUUGGAGUCUGUGUUUCCUCAGCACCUGGAAGAGUUUGGGAAAAGACUGAGCAAUAAUAUUGAAUACAGAACCCUAGAUGAAAAGAAUGAAGAAACAUUGAACAAUGGUGAUACUACAGGUUUGGUUUGUAGUGAAAAUUUUAUCGUCGGCACUGAUCAGAGUAGACCCAGUUAUCAAAAUGAACUAAUUACGCACACAUUAUCACACCCUGCUGGUAGUGAGACGGAUCCAUAUGGGAUGCAAGAAAAGAGCGAUCAGGAUUAUAGUUUGAAAAAAGCCUCUAUGUGUAAAUAUUGUCCGUUUGAGACGAGAGAUUACAAUGAAAUGAGGCCACAUUAUAUGAAAGAACAUGCAGAAAUGGUAAAAAUUUGUGAAGUAUGUGAUUUGGUGUUUCCGCACGGAAAGGGAUACAAAUUGCAUGUAAAUAGUAAAGAUCAUCAAGCCAACAUUGAAAAAUAUGGAAACAAGACGGAGGGUAAAUUUCAAUGCCAUGUAUGUAAAAAAAAGUUUGCAGAAGAAGGGUACGCUAAAUUCCAUACAGCAUAUUACCAUUUUCAUCUUAAUACGGAAGACGAUGUAUUAAGAGAAAAUGGAAAAGGUAGCAUAACAAGAGUUAAAUUUGCAGAAUUUGUGACACAAGUGGAUAAUGCAUCCAAAAAGGAUAUGCUUACAUGUCCAGAAUGCGGUUCUGUUAUCAGGCAAAUUAAUAUGAUGGGUCAUUUACGUGGACAUACGGGUGAAAAACCCUUCAAAUGUAAUAUCUGUACUGAUGCAUUUCUUAAUAGCUCUAGUUUACGGAGGCAUUUACUUGUCCAUUUUGGCCUUUGGGAAAAAUCUUGUGAAAUUUGUGGUAAGAAGUUUAAAGGACAGUCUAGCUAUAAUGUUCACAUGGACAUUCAUAGAGCACAGGUCAAGAGUUCAGAAAAAACUGAUAUUUGUCAUAUUUGUGGAGAUGCCUUCUAUGUGAAGAGAAAACUUCGAGAACACAUGAAAAAACAUAGUGAGAAAUCCUUUAAGUGUGAUCACCCAGGCUGUUUGUGGGCUUUCUCGAAUGCACAUUCUCUAAAGAGGCAUAUGGUUACUCAUUCCGAAUCGAGUGAAAAGCCGUUUAUCUGCCCGACUUGUGGUUACUCGACUAAAUCAAAAAAAUAUUUACAAAGUCAUGAGCUAAUCCAUUCAAAAGACAAAUUUCUCCAGUGUGAACAUUGUCCCUACAAGACAAUAAAGAAAACACAUUUACGCCGCCACAUGAGAAUACACCUUGGAACAAAGCCUUUUAAAUGUCCAUAUUGCUCGUAUGCAUGUAACACGCAUGACAAUAUUCGCAAACACAUUCUGGAAACAAGUUUUCAUAAAGGGUUAAACGUUUAUCCAUGUAAAUUGUGUUUGUAUUCAACAAAUUGCACAAAAGAGUUUCGUACACAUCUCUUGUUGGAACAUGAAGAAAUUACUGCGGAAGAUUUACGGGGAGGCUCAUUGGCUGCUUUUACAGGACUUUUCAAUAAGGAGGAAGAUAUUCGGGCACCCUGUGUGGGUAUGGAAAUAUUCCCAUGUAAGGAGAGAAAAACCCGACGAAAAAUCAAGCCGGGUGAAGAAGAGACUGUUACAGCCGAGCAGGAAUAUACAUAUAUAGAUUGUACAAGUCAGUUAGAACAUGAAGGUCAAUCUCAAAACUCUAACAUCUGAUUGGUUGAUUUCAGUCUCAUUUUUGAAAUCGACCAAUGGAAAGGUUUGGUUUUUGAAAUUCACACCAUGUACGUGUACUGUGCCAAUAACUGGAAAUUACAUUUAGGUAUGUAAGAAACAAUCAUUAUAUGGCAAUAAUGUGCCUUCUGUGUUUAUUGGCAUUCCAAAACCUACAUGUACAUUGUAUUAUAUUAGGAACCAGACUCAGGCUAUAUAUUUGGGCCAAUGUACAUUUACAUAUGUAGGUUUUGUUGUGCCAGUAACCACUUCAGGCAUUGCUAUUGAAUUCAUUGAUUUUGUCACUUGAAAGAAUUUUGUUAGAAUCUGUAUGCAGAUUUAUUUAUAUAUAUUACUUAUUAUGCCAUCUGUACAGUACAAAUGUAUAAAAAAAAUAUUUAAAAUUUGUAAUAUAUAUAAAAAAAAUAUUUUAUGCUGUUGAGCAAAGUUUGGUCUAAGAAUAAAUAAUCAGUUGUUCAACUUAAUAAUGGUACAUGUACAUUUAUUGUUAUGUUGGUCAUAUGUGGAUAUUCCUGUAAUUACAGAUGGUUGAAAGAAGACCUAAGGGUAUUAUUUUUAGGGUUAGGCAGGGGUUUAUUUCCAUAUAAGGUAUAACCACAGACCUUACACAAAUACAUGAUACAAGAAGAUUUUAACAUAAGAGAAGUACAACAUAUUACACUAGCUUAAAGCUAUUUUCUGACAAACACAAGUAAAUAAGCUCAUCAUGAGUAAAACAGCUAUAAGAAAUUCCAUACAUGUUAAAGCACAUUAAAGUAAAUAAAACGAUGCUCGACCAACAAAAAGGAGAUGAUCAUAAGUACAUUUAGCCUCAGUGCAAACUUACCAAUACAUGUAUGAGAGGUGAUCCAGAGUUACAUGUACUUUUAUCAUAACUAAGAAAAACUUGGAAAAAAGAUCGUUUAGUUAAGUUUCCAUUCAAAAUUAUAAAAUAUUUACCAAAAUGUUUGUGUAAAAUUUUAACUUGGUGCUCAAGAUAAAAAAUGUGAAAUGGACAUUUAAUGUCACAAUGGUGCUAUUUUGAUGUUGCAUUUUUUUUAUGCCCUCACCAUUAAAAAUGGAGGGGGACAUAUAGUGUUACCCCCUGUUAGUGUGAGUCUGUGUGUAUGUGCAUGCACGAAAUUGUGUUUAGCAUAUAACUUGUGCAUUAUGAAAUUUUGAAAUUAUUUUGCACAGAUAAGCACAAUAAAAAAAAUCCAGACCCCAUGCUCAAAGAUCAAGGUCACACACUGAAGUCAAA